UAUUUUUAUUAGUCUAAUGUCUACAUCUGUCAAUUUUCUAAAUAAGUAAACUCUAUCAGGCAAUGCUAUCACCAAUUUAGUUUGCUCAUCCUUAGGCUCAGGCGGUCUAAUUGAUCCCUUUGGCCAUGAGUCACAUUACGUAUUCUGCAAUGGAGAACAAGAAAGAGAAGUGCGAUUCUAUGAGCUCCGGAGGACAUGGAGUCAAAAGAUCCGAAAGAGAUCUACCUCCAAUGCAUUACUCCCUUUAAGAUAGAGUCAUUCUCCUUACUUCUGAAGACAAAAGUCGAAAAGUAUGAAUCUGAUGUUUUUGAAGCCGGAGGCCACAAAUGGAGCUUGUGUCUUUACCCAAAUGGAAACACAAAAGGAAAAGGGAAAGACUUUGUUUCCCUUUACCUGCAAAUAGAAAAUACAAGCAAUCUUCCUCAUCGGUGGGAGGUCAACGCCAAAUUCAAAUUGUUUGUUUUUUAUCAGAUAAAUAACAAAUAUUUGACGGUUCAAGAAUCGGAUGGAUUAGUAAAACGUUUUCAUGAGAUGACGACCGAAUGGGGUUUCGAUCAAUUGCUUUCCCAUGAAACAUUGAAUGAUGCUUCUAAUGGAUACCUUGUCAAGGACUGCUGUGUUUUUGGAGCUGAGAUUUUUGUUAUCGAACCAACUGGAAAAUGGGAAUUACUUUCUAUGGUUAAGAAACCUGCAAAUGGUUCUUUAACAUGGAAGAUUGAAGAUUUCUCUAAAUUAGAUAAGAGCUCAUAUUUAUCCAAAGCCUUUACUGCCGAGGCAGAAGUUGAACCACUCUUGAGUUUUGUUGUUAAUUUUGGCUCUUCCCGUCGUUUCAGGAGAAUAGACGUUAGUCCCAAAGGAAAUGCUGAAGCAAAGGGAGAUUCACUAUCUGUAUUCCUGGAACUAGUUGAUGGUGGUAAACUUCCACCAAAGAAAACUGUGUGGGCAGAAUGCAAGCUACGAGUUUUGGACCAACGCCAUGACAAACAUGUCGAAAAAACAAUUUCGCGUUGGUUAACCUCCUCCAACCAUACACGUGGUUUCCGCAAGUUCAUGCCACUGGGAGAUCUCCAUGAAGUCUCGAAGGGCUAUGUUUUGAAUGACACUUUAAUUGUUGAAGCUGAAAUUCUUACCUUGUCCGUGUCCAAGCUUUUCUCAUGAAAAUUGCACCCUUUAAUUUUCGUGGCCACGAUUGUCAUCAAUCUAUAUUAUUUGUAUCAAUAAGCUGCCAAUCUGUUAUCCCUAGUAUAAU